AUGUCCAGGGAAGGAGUAAUAGACGAAGAUGAGCUAUCAGUCAGAAUAAGGUUGGCCUGGCUGCAGUGGAGCUUGACAGGCGUCCUCUAUGACAAACGAAUGCCUUGCAUUGCCGUUCACGGAUGUACUGUGAUCUGUUCAACAGUAUCGUAUGGUGGCAAAUAUUGGCCAAGCAUCCGGAAAGAAGAGAAGGUCCACGGAGAUAAGGAUGCUGCGAUGGACCUUAGCUCAUAA